AUGUCAGAUCAAUUAAACAGAAACACUGGUGGCGAUCCUUUCAACAAUGAUGACGCAGAUAAAAUCAUUGAUAGAACCAAAAUUACAGGUGAUGACAUCAAACGUGGACUGACCACCUUCGAGGCUAAGUGUCAACAUCUUUGUAUUGGAUUUUCUCGUUUGGUGGCUAGCUUUCCUUUGGCUGCUAAUGCUUUUUUGGCUGCUCGUGUUCCUUUGGUUUCCGGUGCUUUUUUGGCUGCUGGUGCUUGGUUAGCUACUGGUAAUCCGUUGAAUGCUCGGUCUUUGUUUACUAAACCUGUGUCAACCGCGCUUUCUUCGUCUUUUUAUAUUUCUUUUGUUGGGACUUUUUCAAAAGAACCGCUAUUUUUCUCACGUCAUUCUUUUGGUGAGGAUUCGUUUGGCCAGCCUUCGUCUGUAAAAAUACCAGCUACCGAUGUUGCUUCGUCUCCUCUGGUGGCUCCAUCUAAGACACAGCCAGCUAAUCGCACUUUAUUUGUAUCAUCAGCAUAUAAUGGCUUGUUGGAUUCUUUUUCUUUUGAUGAUGUUGGGUCGUAUCAUGCUGUAGACCAUGACAACAAUGUUAACAGUGGUAUUAAUGCUGGUUACGUUUGUGGUGCUGGUGGUGUUGGUUGUGAUGGUGGUCGUUUUAUGGGUCGUGAUUGUAGAGCUGUUAGUCGCGCUGGCACCGCUCAGCCCGAAUUUCAAACGGCUGAUCGCAGUCGUGUUGAUCCCGAUUGCGCCAUGAGACACAAAAGGAUUAAAAUAGACUUUUCUUACGUUGUAGCAACUCAGUUUAUUCAAUAUACGACUGGAAACACUGUUGAUGUUCUCAGAUACCUCCAGCAACACCAGGUGUAA